AUGGAGAACGAGCAGCAGACGUCCACGUUGUGUCGUGCCGGGUGCGGAUUCUUCGGCUCAGCGUCCACCGAGGGCCUCUGCUCAAAGUGUUACAAGGACUAUCUGAAGCGCCAGAAGGAUACGGCCCGCGUCAGCCCGCCGGCGCUAUCACCGACAGCCACCAGUCCCGUGACAAACACUGCCGCAGCAGCCACAUCGAGCACUGUGAUC